CUAAUCCUUAAUUACUUUCCUUAAUUUUUCAGAGUGUUUUCUUGAACCAAACCCUAGCUAGCUACGUAGUACAAUGUUGUCUAGGAGAGCAGCAGCCUGCAAAUCCCUUGUUCAGGACUCUUCUUACUCCCUGGGAUUUCAAGAAUAUGAGAAAAACCCCUAUCAUCCUACUCAAAAUCCUUCUGGGAUUAUUCAAAUGGCUCAGGCUGAAAAUCAUCUCUCCUUUGAUCUUAUGGAGUCUUGGCUUGAGAGGAAUCAAGAUGUCAGCGAGUUCAGGAAGAAUGGAGAAUCCAUGUUGAAAGAGUUGGCUCUUUUUCAAGAUUAUCAUGGCUUGCAAGCCUUCAAGAAUGAACUUGUAGUAUUUAUGUCAAAAAUGAGAGGAGGCAAGGUGAAAUUUGACCCCAAGAAGAUUGUCCUCACAGCUGGUGCAACUGCUGCUAAUGAGACCCUCAUAUUUUGCCUUGCUGAGCCUGGUGAAGCUUUUCUUAUCCCCACACCUUACUAUCAUGGGUUUGAUAAGGACUUGAAAUGGCGAACCGGGGUAGAAAUAGUUCCAAUCCAUUGCAGCAGUUCCAACAGCUUCAGAAUCACCGAAUCCGCCAUGGAAGAAGCUUACCAAGAAGCCGAACAAAGGCUAGGCCUGAAAGUCAAAGGCGUGUUCAUCACAAACCCAUCCAACCCACUCGGCACAACCGCAACUCCCCAAGAACUCCACCAUCUCAUCUCCUUCGCCGUCUCCAAGAACAUCCACAUCGUCAGCGUCGAAAUCUACGCCGCCACAGCCUUUAACAAUAACACCUCCCCAGGAUUCACCAGCAUCCUAAACGCCGCGUCCGACAAAACCCACAAAAAUCGCGACCUCUUGUCGCCGCGUAUCCAUGUCGUGUCCAGCCUGUCCAAGGAUUUCGGGCUGCAGGGGUUCAGAAUCGGGAUGAUUUACUCCGGCAACGAAACGGUGGUGUCGGCGGCGACCAAAAUGUCCAGUUUCGGCCUGGUUUCGUCCCAGAGCCAAUACCUUCUCUCAAACAUCCUCGGAGACAGGAAAUUCACCCAAAAUUACGUUAAACAAAACAAAAAACGCCUCAGGGAAAGGCGGGAAAAACUGGUCUCCGGGCUUAAGGAAUGCGGCGUGCCGUGUUUGGACGGCGAUGCGGGGCUGUUUUGCUGGGCGGAUAUGAGGGGUUUGUUGGGAUCUAACACGUUUGAAUCGGAAAUGGAGCUUUGGAGGAGAGUUGUCUGUGACGCCGGGUUGAAUAUCUCGCCGGGUUCUUCUUUUCAUUGUUGUGAGCCGGGGUGGUUUCGAGUUUGCUUCGCCAAUAUGUCGGAUGAGACUCUGGAAGUGGCGAUGCGGCGGAUGCGGGAUUUCGUUGACUCUGUCGGAGGCGGAGAUCGUUGCCGCCGGGGUGUUCACCGCUCCCGGCCGCCUGCCGCCGGUCCUAGCUGGAGAAAAAUAUUAUCGUCACUUGUAAACUGGUGUUUCAAGUAAUAAUAAUAUUUAAUGUGAUUUGAUGGCA